UUAUAUAUAGCUGGUAUGGUAUUCCACCAUAUUAUCCUACAUGAAGAAAGUGUAGUCUUCUUUUUCUAACAAUACUAAACAAUGAAAGCUUUAGGCAUCAUUUGCUUCUGUCUAUUGACAGCACUCGUAUUUCUCUCCUCCCUCAACAGCUAUUACUCAUCUUCUGAGGUUUCUCCCCCAAUACCAACACAUUUCAUUACUAGAAAAAUGGGGGUGCCAUCAUCUAUCGCACAUAGUAAGAUCGAGGUUACAGGGGAAGACUGGAAAACACCCACGGCUGAAGGAAACUCCGUGACUGUUAAACAUGGAAACAGUGACAACUUGGAUGAAUUAGUUUAUCAUACUGAUUAUCAUGGAGCCACCACUCAUCCAACUCCAACGCCUAAACAUCCCAUGCCUUAGUAUAUUAGUUGGGUUUACUUGAGAGAGACUUCUCAUUACCCUAUUGAGUAAUAAAGAUAUAUACUGUAUUUCAUUAUUAAAACAUCAUAUAUAUAUGUGUAGCGACUGAUGGACUGAGCAAUAUAUAUCUUAUAAAGGCUUAAAUUGUCUUAA